AUGAAAUCCGAUUUUUGGUCAUGGCUGGAUGUAGAUGCUGCAAUCAACCUGUCUGGUCUAACGCCGGAGCAGCUCGCCCGCGCAUUUACCAAAUCCCAGCAGCAGGUCGGUCACCUGACUUCUCUGCUCAACGAGAGCGAGGUGAAUGUGGAUCGACUGACGGAGCAACUCAAGUUGCUGAAAGACGAGCUGCGUCGAAAUGAGCGCAGUGAGACGCGAGGUGAGCUCAACAUAGAGUACUUGAAGAAUGUUAUCCUACAGUUUUUGCAAAAACGCGAUGAGCGGCCCCAGCUGGUCCCUGUGCUCUCGAUGCUCCUACACUUUACCCCCGAAGAGCUAAAUGAGCUUCAGCAGUUGCAAACUGUCGACGCUCCCCAGGCCGAACGUGGCGGCGGCUGGUUUCCGCGCUUUUAGUCCACGUGCGCUCAUCACUCGCGCUGGCAAGCAUGACCACGUUGUGAUCUGCAACCAAAACAAUAUGGGAUAAUGCUUGUUUGUUUUUUGGUUUGUUUUUUUGCUUGUUUUUUUCCCUAUGGCAGCGAGACCAACGAUGCAUGCCGCCCUUUCUGCGAGGCUAUGAAUACUCAUCCUCAAGCCAUCAUUGGCGUUGAAAAUAAUUGAUGAUCCUCAAACCCGAAA